UAUUAUAAUUCUCUUUGAUUGUUAUCAUUUGUCAAGUCGAAAUGUAUCGUAUUUCUAAAUUCUGAUAUUGUAUCCGAAAAAAAAAUUGAUACACAUUCAUUAAUUAACAGUAUAUUUCAGAGGAUUACAAAUAGGAACUACUUUAUUAUUUAAAGAUAGGAUAAUUUGUACAAAUAAAAUGGGUGAUGAAAAACCAUCCGACGACAGUCAACAAAACAGUCUGUCUAAUGCUACGGAGAACCUAAAAAUUGAGGAACAAAAAGAGAAUGGGGAUGCUGCGAAAACGGAUAAAGUGAAAAUUGACAUCUUACUCAAAGCUACAGGCAAUGCUCCAAUAAUGAAGAAAAAGAAAUGGGCGGUUGAUGCAGAGAAACCCAUUGGAUGGAUCAUGGAGUUUGUGAAAAAAUAUCUCAAACUGGAACCUGACGAGAAACUGUUCCUGUAUGUAAACCAGACAUUUGCACCAUCACCAGAUCAGAUAGUGAGGAAUCUUUAUGAUUGCUUUGGUACUGAUGGCAAACUAGUUUUACAUUACUGCAAGACACAAGCGUGGGGCUGAAAAUGUGAGAACAAUAUUAUUUUAUAAGGAUUCUAUGCAGCUUAAUAAAUAAAGCUAUUUAAUUAACGCCCAAAC